CAAUGAAAAAGUUGGGCGCGGAGCGCAUGCCGCAUCGUUGUUGCAGGUAAUCACGCCCCCUUGACCAUUCUGAAGUUCUGCGACACUCGUUUCUGUCGUAAUCUGGAAGCAGACCAUUCGUAAGGAGACCAAAAAGGUUUCUUCAAGUUGGAACAGUAAGCUACUGAUAAAUAGGUUCCUCACAUAGCCUAUGGUAGGAGGGUCACUCAAGCCUAUCAAAGGCCUGGGCUAGCGAAACGCAACGUUAGCAUUUGGAAAUCUAGUUCGAGCCUCGAACCGCAAUGCCACCAAAUUUCUGUCACUUCCUGAAGGCAUCAACUACCAAAGUUUGUCUUCUUGGUAACAAUGGCAACUUCCUUUUCCCUGUCCUCGGGCAGUUCAUGUGUACCUCUGGACAACAUCCUGCAGAACAGACAAUCUAUCCCUUCUCAGAUAUGGGUGAGAGGGAACCAUCUUUCCAGCCCCAACCUACUCAUUAAUGUGCUGUUUUCCUUGUUUUCAAAGGCAUCAGACCUGCAGAUCCAACUAGCAGAACCAGAACAACUUCAUCCAAAGCCUGAUCCUGAAAAGCUAACAUUUGGAAAGCAUUUCACUGAUCACAUGUUGUCAGUAGAGUGGUCUGGAAAGAUGGGAUGGGGAAAGCCAUACAUCACACCUCUUCAGAACAUCAGCUUGCAUCCAGGAGCAAAGGUGUUUCACUAUGCAAUAGAGCUGUUUGAGGGGAUGAAGGCACACAGGGGUAUAGACGAGAGAAUCAGGCUUUUUCGCCCUGACCAGAACAUGAUGCGAAUGAUAUCAACUUCUCAUAGAAGUGCAUUACCUGGUUUCAGUGGCUAUGAAUUCCUCAAAUGCUUGAAGAAGUUGAUUUGGAUUGAUCAAGAAUGGGUACCUCAUUCCCAGGGUUCCAGUCUUUAUAUUCGACCAACUUUUAUUGGCACAGAUGUGAGUUUUUUUUUAGGUUGUUUGAAGUCUCUACCACCUGCGCUUGGGGUGGCAAGGUCUGAAAGAGCUCUUCUGUAUGUCGUAUUGUGUCCAGUGGGUCCAUACUUUGCCACAGGAAUGAAGCCAGUUUCCCUGUUGGCUGACCCCAUGUAUGUGCGUGCUUGGCCAGGGGGAUGCGGCGACAAGAAAGUUGGAUCCAACUAUGGACCUACCAUCUAUAUCCAGAAAGUAGCUGAGAAGAUGGGAGUUCAACAGAUCCUUUGGCUAUUCGGGAAUGAUCACCAAUUGACAGAAGUUGGUACCAUGAACAUCUUUGUUUACCUGAUCAAUGACAAAGGAGAGAAGGAGCUGGUGACACCCCCUUUGGAUGGACUUAUUCUCCCUGGGGUAACAAGAAGAUCUUUGCUUGAAAUGGCUCGAUCAUGGUCAGAAUUCAAAGUUUCUGAGCGAAGAAUCACAAUGAAAGAGGUCGUCAAGGCAUGCAAAGAGAACAGAUUACUGGAGAUCUUUGGUGCAGGGACAGCUUGCAUUGUGUGCCCUGUGAAUAAGAUCUACUACCAAAAGGAUGUAUUGGAAAUCCCUACCAUGGAUCAUCCCUUUCCCUUGAACCAACGUUUCCUGAAAGACCUGCAGGACAUUCAAUAUGGGCAGGUGAAGCAUCCAUGGGCAGUUGACAUUGAGGAUUCAGAUGCCAUCAUGCAUGAAGUGGCUGCCACGCAUUCUUGAAUGAAGCUUCCUAGCCCCAUUUAGUCAAAAACCAAACUUUUGCUGUAAUCAACAUGGGAGUGGAAAUGGAAGAUCAUGUAAAUAGAACUGCAUGGUAGUAAUCUUCAUGCUUGAUAAGAAGCUCUAGAGAAGCAGCUUUAUCCUUUCUCAUUGAGUGGAGAAUGUCUCUUUAGUUAUAGAACAGCAGUUAUAGCUUCUCUCAUUGGAACUUAUGGCUGCUUAAGUUCUUGAUUGAAAUUUAAGGCUGCUUAUGUUCAUGACAGUUACCAGGUGCAUUGUUGCAUUUUACUUUUGCCAUUGAUGUGCUUCCUGAUAGGAGUGGAACUGUGUUCUGUUCCUUACAUUGCACUGACUAGGAGGUGUUUUGUGGUGCUUCUGUUGUGCUACAUAGGGUUGGAACUUUUUUAUUUUUACGAUUUUUAGAGAUAAAUCUUUUUAAACGAAAGACAAGAAAGAUAGGAAAAUGUUAGUUGUGGUUCUUUGCUGAGAUUUUUUUUUUUGAUUUAUAUGACACAAAAGAAAUUGAAAUCUGUGGAUGGGCAUUGCAAUAGAUUUUUGUUAUCACUAGAAUUGAUUACUUUCUGUCUGUUGUCUUGUCGGUGCUAGUAUGCAUCUCUGUGCCUGGGCGCCAAUCUCCUGCUUGGCAAAAAUAUUGUAAAUGGCCUGGAUUUUAUGGAAAUGGGAAUCAGAAAUGUUGAAUUUGGUUUUCUGUCAUUUUCUAUAAAUAUGAAUGGAUAAAAAGUCCAAGUUCCAGCCCAAGCUAAGGGAAAUCACUUGGAUUUCUCCGAAUCUCUUGACCAAUUGAGCAGGUUUCAAGUUGAUUCUCAAUGUGAUGAGAUCUGGAGUCAGAUUCAUUCAAUGGGGAUUGUGUAUAACUGUGGUACACUAUAGGAGAAGGUCCUAAUUGCCAGCCCUGUCUUGAGUAGAUGAGGACCUAUUCCUGAAAUGCUGGUUCAUUAGGUACAUGCAUGACUGCCCCCUGAUAGCAAUCAGAAAUAUGACAUUGGCUCAUGAUUGCUGUGUUCAUGUAGCACCUGCUGUGAUCUCUUGACGUUCUGGUCAGCUACUUGUGGAUUGAAUUCUGAGUGAUGUCUGGUAUGAAUAUCAUUAUCAUCUUUGAUCUGUCUUGCAUCAAAAGUUCUGGCAAUCUUCACAUCCAUUUGAAUCUCAUGCAGUGUCUGGAUGCUAGUCAAUCCUCUUGUGCAAUCUAGAAGACUUUGCUGUAUUUAUGUUGUGUGAUAUUGCAGUAAUCUUGAGAAGAAGAUAAAGGUUGUGUUUGUCAGUGUGAUGUGAUCCUGCAUGGUCAGUUUCCUGUGACCUGUUUCUUCAGUAUGCAGCAAAGUCUGUUCAGGCCAACAGGGUGCAAGCUUAAUGUGCAAUAAAAAGUGAUCCCUAG